CCAUGUCGAAAAAAUACUUCGAACGUCCAUGUUCCGAAUGGAAUAUUGUGGAUUCUUGAGCGAAUGUGAAGAGAGACAGUUCAAUGAAUUCGAUGAGAAUAUAUCAUAUUAUCUUUCAUGUCUUGAAACUAUAUCUAAAGAAGAAGGACUCAGAAGUAAAAAAGCCAAAGCUUUGCUCGAUCGAUAUAAAAAGGCGAGUACUGGGUUUUGGGGGGGGAAAUGGGUGGCAAAGGAUUCCCUGAGGUUUUUUGUCACCGGCGGUAUUGAGGCACAG